UGCCCACCACAAUAAAGGCUAAAUGCGAAAAUGAACACUGAAGUUUCCAUGACAACUGAUUUGAACGACGGACGCUAGCGCAAGCGCAGAGUCCUCAUAUACAAACAUUCUGAAAUUUCAAAAUGGCGCCUGGCAGUAAGAAGCAGAAAAAAGCGAAGUCAAAAAAAUCUAAGGAUAGCCCGUCUGGAUUGAGUCGUAUCGCUUCUACUCUUGUACCAAGCGCCAUUUUUGCAGCAGUACCGAGAACAUCAUCUGGUUUAUCGCAAACAUGGCCGCGUAGAUCCCCAUCUCCAAUCGCACAGGCAGUAGGUGAAGCAGGAAACGUCGGAAGGGUCUUAAUUGGUGAUCUUUCCAAACGUCCGCCGGCGGAGUUACCUCCAAUUCCAGGAAAAAACGGCGAUGAACGCAGCACAUCAGCUGAUCAACAGGCCAACGAACACGAUCGUGACGAAAGGAUCAGGGAAGAUUGGGAGGAUGACUAUGAAAGCGUUCAUGACAGCAAAAAGUUUGACAAGACUACAAAAUACCUCAGAAUGGCCAAGGAGGGUACUUUGGCCUUAAAUGCGGAGAUGGAAGGAGCAAUUGCCGAAGACGGUGGUGAUCCAUCACAGCAUCUCUACCAUGUCUUGGAUCAUGAUAAUGGCGAGAUCGUUGAACCUGAAUAUUCGACAGUUGACAAGAGGAAAAAGAGUGCUGCAAAACAAUCUGCUGAUGGAGACAAAGAAGAGAAAGAGUCACUGAGUGAGGUCAGUUAUAGUAGUGAUGAGCUCACAGAUGUCACCAGUCAUGAUGAAGAGAGCACGACUAGUGGAUCGAGAGUGAAACGUUCUCUUGAUUUUGGUGGACGAAGAUACAGUAGGAAAGGUAGCAGAGAGGAAAGUCUUGAUGGUCAGGAUAUUGUUGAUGCACCAGUGUCUCACAGGAAAAAAGGGAGCACUAAACGGCAAACCCCUGAUACAAUUCAGGAGGUAUCGGAAGAUGCUGGUGAAGAAGGGAAUGGGGCAGCUCCUCCACCUCCUAUUCCACCUUACUUAGAAGACACAUCCCCAAAGGCUCCUGAACGUCACCGCAGGAGAGGACAAAGGCCAGCGCUGGAUCAAUUGGAUGGUCCAGGAGAGCCCCUACCUCCCAUUCCUGGGGAGCCACCUGAGAAUAGGCUCACAGAUGAACAGAGAAGAGCUCUGAAGGUUGUGGAGAGGUUGGGGUUUGAGGGAGUGUCUCAAAAACUUGCUCUGAGCGAUCUCUCUGAAGACUCUGAAAGUUACAUGACACCAGUGGUGCCCAAGAAUACUAUAGACUUCAAUGAGAAAACAACAUUUGAGCGAGAACAGUUCAAUGAUACUCUGACAGAAAAUAAUGUUCCAGUGUCUGAAGCAACAAUUGAGGAAGCAAACCUUAGUUUUGGUCAAACAUUUUCUGGUCUGGAUGGUUAUGAACCUCAGGAAGAGCUGCAAUCUCCAAAUGAAGAAGCACAACAAGGUAAACAUCCCAGUUUUAAAGCCCAGGCGAGUAAGACUAGCAAAGUUUCCUCAUUUGUUCAUCUCCUCAAUGAACAAGAAAGGCACAGACAAGCUGAAAGAUCCUCUCAUUCACCAGUAAAAGGUCGAAGAGACCCAAGCCCUAACCAGUCUGGGGGGAGUAGCAACGACAGCCAAGGAUUUGUUGAUCCAGUUCAUAUCCAGAGACUCGAGGAAGCUAGGCAAGCAAAUGAAACAUAAUUCUUAGAGAGACAGCAAAAGUUG